UCCAUUGUUUAGUUUAAUUUUCGAAAUACUUUGACAAUUAUUUUUGCCAUUAUGUUUGAUGAAUUUUUAAAUUGGGAAAAAUGGCGAAGUAUGUGUGUUUUAUUUAUGUGAGCAAAGUGAAAAUGUUGGCUGUUUGUGAUAACACUCAACGGAGCUGGCCUGUUUUUACAUGAAUAAAAUAAACAUCCGCUUUAAAAUGAGAAAAAAACAAAAACAAAAACAAAAAACCAACAAUCUCAGCUCACAACGAAAUGACCCUCCCAGCCAUCCUCAGCAGGCGGUACCCAUGUUAGUCUCCUUCUGCGGUGCCUAAGCGGCAGCACCAUCGAGCCACGGUCCUCCAGCGUUCCUAGAGCGGAAAAGAAAGCGCUCCGAAGAGCUAGAGCUGACACUCAGCGAUGAGCUAAGACGGUGUUUCAGAGCGUUUGGCUCCUCUGAGGCCCCUUGGCCAGGAGUGUCUCUGAAGAUACAGUCCAAAGAAAGUUCUCCAAAACAAGGAGAGCAGUCUGAAGCUGGGGAUGGCGACAGCAUUGGUGAGUGCCCAUUCCUUGGCUCCCCUGAAUCUGAAGAAGGAGGGGCUUCGGAUAGUGAGGGAGGAUCACUACUCUACUUGGGAACAGGGAUUCAAGCUGCAAGGAAACAGUAAAGGCCUUGGACAGGAGCCAUUGUGCAAACAAUUCAGGCAGUUGCGUUAUGAAGAGACCACAGGACCUCGAGAAGCACUAAGUCGGCUCCGGGAGCUCUGUCAACAGUGGCUACAGCCCGAGACCCAUACCAAGGAGCAGAUCCUGGAGCUGCUGGUGUUGGAGCAGUUUCUGAUCAUCCUGCCUAAGGAGCUCCAGGCCCGGGUGCAGGAGCAUCACCCAGAGAGUGGGGAGGACGUGGUUGUUGUUCUGGAGGAUUUGCAGCUGGAUCUUGGAGAAACAGGACAACAGGUGGACCCAGACCAGGCAAAGAAACAAAAAAUGCUUGUGGAGGAGAUGGCCCUUCUGAGAGGAGUACAGGAACAGCAGGUUCGGCCUGAGUGUGAAGUUACAAAGCCUGAGAAAGAGAAGGGUGAGGAGACAAGGAUUGAGAAUGGGAAGCUUGUUGUAGUAACAGACUCUUGUGGAAGAGAAGAGUCAUCUGGGAAAAUAUCUGAACCCAUGGAGGCUCAUAAUGAGGGCUCUAACUUGGAAAGGCAGCAGGCCAAGCCCAAAGAGAAGACUGAGUAUAAAUGCUUAGAACGUGGGCGGGGAUUCAUCCAGCACUCGGACCUGAUUGAACAUGCGAGUACACACACGGGAAAGAAACUCUGCGAGUCUGAUGUGUGUCAGAGUUCUAGUCUUACAGGACAUAAGAAAGUCCUCUCUAGAGAGAAAGGUCAUCAGUGUCAUGAGUGUGGGAAAGCCUUUCAGAGGAGUUCACACCUCGUCAGACAUCAGAAAAUCCAUCUUGGUGAGAAGCCUUAUCAGUGCAAUGAGUGUGGCAAAGUCUUUAGCCAGAAUGCAGGCCUUUUGGAACAUCUCAGAAUUCAUACUGGAGAGAAACCUUAUCUAUGUAUCCAUUGUGGAAAAAAUUUUAGGCGCAGCUCUCACCUUAAUCGACACCAGAGAAUUCACAGUCAGGAGGAGCCCUGUGAGUGCAAGGAGUGUGGAAAAACCUUUAGUCAGGCCUUACUCCUCACCCACCAUCAGAGAAUCCAUAGUCACUCCAAAAGCCAUCAAUGUAAUGAGUGUGGAAAAGCUUUCAGUUUGACCUCAGACCUUAUUCGACACCACAGAAUUCAUACUGGAGAAAAACCUUUCAAGUGUAACAUAUGCCAGAAAGCCUUCCGACUAAACUCACACCUUGCUCAGCAUGUAAGAAUCCACAAUGAAGAAAAACCCUAUCAGUGUAGUGAAUGUGGAGAAGCCUUCAGGCAAAGGUCAGGUCUUUUUCAACAUCAGAGAUAUCACCACAAAGACAAACUGGCUUGAUAAGGUGUUCUCUCCUUGUAGAACAUCAGAGAAGGCACAUUGACUAGCAAACAGCACUUUAGGAAAAGUCACCGUAGCCCACUGUGGCAUCAGAAAAUUCUUGGGGGCUGAGUUGGAGGCUCCCUGCGUCUAUUCCCUCUCCUUUGCUUUCCUUGAAGACAGCUUUGGACCACAAUAAUUUCACUCUAGAUGAUAUGCUAGGAUCAAAGUUAAACAGCAUUCUUCACUGCAGGACAUCUCAGAGCAUUUAACAUAACUGCGUGAUUAUAUACUCUAAGCAAUAGAGAGCUUCAUGACUGAGUAAGGGUUUUGAAGUUAGCAGUGAAUCAAGUGCCCACAGAUUUGCAGGCUUAAGCAGAACAAGGGAAGAUUGAUAUUUUUGUAUAUGCUAUAGCAACUUACUCCUAUGAAAUAAAAUUGAUGAUGUUUGGAAGUAUAUUACUCUCAAAGGUGUCUUAAAGUACAGGUUAAUGGUGAACAUUUUCCCCCAGUGGCUUCACCUCAUUCCUCCCACUGGCCUUACCCCUUCCUUCCCCAGUGGAAGCAUUUUCAAAAGCAAAGAUAAUUUUUGCUGGUGAACUUUAGAACUUGCCUUCAGGUUUAGCUUCAUGUAAUUUUACCAUUUCCCAUCCCCAUUCCCCACCACAUUGUGUCAAGAUUCAAGUUAUAAAUCAAUGUUUUACUUAGACUUUGAAAGAGAUUUCAUGAGUAAUUUGAAUGAACCUUGCUGAAUUAAUCUGAAGAGCAACUGUCUGACUUGAUAACUCCAGUGCCAGUAUAGUGGUUGCUGCAUAGACACUAUUCAGUAAAUGUCUGCUGAAAGAAAUUGGACUUUUUCCCUUUAAUAUUGAUGAUGCAAUUUUGAAAUGUUGCUUGUCGUGGAAUACUUCGGAAGUUAAACAAUAAAGUCAGCUUGGAGAGGA